GCUCCAUCAAUUCCUUCAACAUCUGCUCCAUCAAUUCCUUCAACAUCUGCUCCAUCAAUUCCUUCAACAUCUGCUCCAUCAAUUCCUUCAACAUCUGCUCCAUCAAUGCCAAGUUCAAGACCAAAAAGAGGUACGCAUAAGAAAAAAUCUUCAAUGUCUAAUAUUCCAAUGCCUCCUAUUGCAUCUGCACCACCAAUCCCUGGUGCUCCUCCUCCACCUCCAGUAACGAAUACAUCAACUCAAGCACCUUCAGCUCCACCUCCUCCCCCUAUUUCGUCUGCACCAAGUAUUCCAGGACUAGCAUCGACAUCUAUACCUGUGGCUCCUCCUGCCCCUCCAUCAUUUAUCCCUUCAGCUCCGCCUGCUCCGCCUGCUCUACCUUCAUCUAUACCUGCAGCCCCGCCGGUACUACCUUCAUCUAUACCUGCAGCACCUCCUGCUCCACCUGCUCCUCCUGCUCCUAGUGUUAAAGAAAAUUUAUCAACAUCUACAAGUACUAUAAAUUCAUCAUCGGUACCUUCUAGUGGUGGUUUACCAUUCUUAGGUGAAAUUAAUGCAAGAAGAUCAAAUAAAGGUGUCGUAGAUGGUUCAAAUGUAAAAAAUAAUCCCGCCAAUCAAAAAUCCACAAUUUCACCUUCUAUACCAUCACAUCCAUCUAAACAUUCACAUAAUAAAAAGAAAUCAUCAUCAUCAUCAGGAGCACCAAGUAUACCAAUGGCACCACCUCCACCAACUAAUGCCCCAGCAAUUCCAAUGAUGACUGCACCAAGUAUACCUUCAGUACCUUCAUCAUCUGCACCUGCAAUUCCAAAAAUGAGUGCACCAAGUAUACCAAGUAUGCAAGCUCCUCCUGCUCCACCUGCUCCACCAUCAUUUAUUCCUGUAGCUCCUCCUGCUACAUCUGCUCCUCCUGCUACAUCUGCUCCUCCUGCUCCUCCUGCUCCUCCUGCUCCACCUGCUCCACCUGCUCCACCUUCAAUGCCAAUGGCUCCACCCCCACCUUCAAUGAUGACUAAAUCUCAAAAACCUAACAAGAGUCACUCGUCAUCCUCUACUUCUACUGCACCACCACCAUCAAGUUCUUCUGGUGGUCCACUUCCAUUUUUAGCAGAGAUUCAAAAGAAAAGAGACGAUAGAUUUGUUGUAACAGAAAAUUCAUCAUAUACAACAGCUGCAGAACAACCUAGUACAGUAGCUACUCCUUCACUUCCUGUAUCAAAUCAUUCAACAUAUGCAACACCUGAACCUCCAACUGCACCACCUGCACCAACUCCAGCAGGUGCAGGUAUGUCCUUCUUAAAUGAAAUAGAAUCAAAGAUGAAAGCUCAUCAACAUCCAGAAAGCGCUACACCAUCGAUACCAAGUGCACCGGCACCUCCACCCGUUGCUGCUCCUACUGCUCCAUCACUCCCAUCUAUGGGUGCCCCUGGUAUUCCAUCAGCACCUGCCCAUGUUCCAUCUAUCCCCAUUGUAACUGCUCCAUCUAUACCGGUUUCAAGCGCCCCCAGUAUACCAAUGUCUCCACCACCUCCACCUUCUAAUAUUUUACCAACUAUGCAUGCUCCUCCCCCACCUCCAGUUGCUGCAUCUAUACCUUCUGCCCCUCCACCUCCACCAGCAACAUCCCCAUCUCCAGUUUUGUCAAAUGAAAGCCCUCAUAAAGUCCCUUCAUCUACAACAUCUCCACGUCCUACCUCAUCUAGUUUUUCAACAUCGAAACCGAUUAAGGGUAGAUUAUUUGGUAGUGGUGAAAGCACGAUGUCAGCGGGUACCGCUAAGAUUAAACCUGAAUCAUAUACAUUAAGUGUCGACUCUGCUCAUUCUACCCAAAAUGAUAAAAAAAUUGUAAUUGAUGAUUCUCGAUUCAAUUGGGAUGUCAAUGCAUCACAAAUACCGACACCAAGAAGAUUUGAUGGUUUAAAAAAACUAUAUCCAAGUGGUAGUGGUAGUACUGUACCAUUAAACCUGAGUUUAUACAAGUAA